GCGAGUAAACCGAGCGAGACAGUCUCCGUGUGCCUCUGCGGACGCGAACCACCGCUUCUCGGCUCACUCCCUGACCCGCAUUGCGCUCCAGGACCGCGGAGGACUUCAUACUGAUCCGCUCCGGGGAUACUGAGGCUCCGGGAGGUCUCCUCCUCCUCCUCCUCACUAUGAAGGCGAUCAGCUAGCGCUAGCCGAGCGGUGUCCGCUAACAGCGGGACUCCUCCCGGCUGACAGUUUACAGCAGCGGCGGGAUCAGAGGGGAGGAGGAGGAGGACAGAGGCUACACAGCAACCAUUAGCAGCCAGCUAACCACACACACUGCAGCCUGUGAAGCGAGCAGGAGCUGAUAAGGAGCCCGCCAGGCAGAGCAGCUGUGGUGAAUCAUUGAAGAGCAUGAGUCAUGACCUCGGUGGUGCUGGUUGAUACUGGUGGGACGGUGGUGGAGUAUGUCACAGCUGAAGAGGAUCCCGAGCAGGAGGAAGGAGAGUGUGAGGUGGACCUGGAGCUGGAAGGAGAGGUGGAGGGUGAGUGUGAAGCCGAGGAGGCCUAUGAAGAGGAAAGGGAGGAGUCUGAGGACUACCCAGCAGUCAUAGUGGAAGAGGUUCCUAGCGCCAGCCUGGCUGAGGAGCAGAGUUACUCGGCCCAGGUACUGGUGUACGGUGACGAGGCCUAUGUCAUGCAGGAAGUGGGCGAUGAGCAGGAGGUGGAGACAAACGGGGACCCAGUGGAGGCUUCUGUUCAUGGCACCAGUGUCCACUGCUCUGACAAAACCAUCGAGGCUGCAGAGGCUCUGCUACGCAUGGAUUCACCCUCCAGCCUCAAGGAAGACCGCAGCCCAGAGGCGUUCGUCCCACCAAGCGUAGCGACACAAGACAUCCUCCAUGCUGCAAUGCGGCCCGACAUGAUUACAGAGACGGAGGUGGAGAUAUCAACGGAGGAAUGUUGUGAGGAGGAAGAUGAGGAGAUGGUCACGCUCAUAGAUGAGCCAGAACCCGACCACGAGCCAGUCAGGAAGAAGCGAGCCGGACGGAAACCGAAGACGCAUCAGGCGGCUUUUUCCAACGGCUCACCGGAUGUCGGCAUCAAGAAAAAACCAAGAGAAGGAAAAGCAGGGAGCACCACCUACCUUUGGGAGUUCCUGCUGGACCUCCUGCAGGACAAAAACACCUGUCCCAGGUACAUCAAGUGGACCCAGAGGGAGAAGGGCAUCUUCAAGCUGGUCGAUUCCAAGGCCGUGUCCAAGCUGUGGGGCAAACACAAGAACAAGCCAGACAUGAACUAUGAGACCAUGGGACGGGCGCUCAGAUAUUACUACCAGCGUGGAAUCCUCGCUAAGGUGGAGGGCCAGCGGCUGGUUUACCAGUUCAAAGAGAUGCCCAAGAACAUCGUCAUCAUCGACGACGACAAGGCAGAGCUGCCGGGCCCCGAGGAACUGAUCGGCCCGGACGUGGCGGCGCCCUACGAGCGCGUGCCUCCGCCUUCGGACAUGCUGCUCCAGAGCACUGAGCUGUCAGCCUCCAAGAAGCCCAACAUCUUGCGGGGUGCUAACAAAGCCAACAUCAUCCACACUCCAGCCGCUGCAGGCAGCAAGCCAGCUGCAGGAGGAGCGGCGGCGCUGACGGCAGGAAGAAUAGUGGUUUCAGCAGCACCGGACGGGAGCCAGAACCAGCAGUCCCAUGCGACGAUCAUCCCGAACGCCACGGGGCCGAGGACGGUGCGGGUGGCUAUGCAGGUGCCGGUGGUCAUGACGACGUCGCUGGGACAGAAGAUCUCCACAGUCGCCGUGCAGCAGCCGGUGGGAACAGCAGGAGCAGCCGGCCAUACCACCCUCCUCACCAACACCUCGGCUAUCGGCGCCGCUGCCGGGAACGCCAACUCCCAACAGAAGGUCGUGAUCCAGACCAUCCCCACCAUGGUCCCGGCCACCGCGGAGAACGGAGACAAGAUCACUGUCCAGCUCGCCAAGAUCAUCACAAUCCCAGCCCACCAGUUGGCUCAGUGUCAGAUCCAGACCUCCACGGGCACAAACAAGCCCACCAUCGGGGCCUCGCCGGCGAGCAUCAGCCUCCUCGGAAGCCCCCUGACGGUCCGCGCCCUCGCCCCCGUCAACGUCGCCCCGGGGACGCAAGUGAUGAGACUCACCGUGCCAACGCAGGCGCAGCAACAGACUCUGAUGGUUUCGCAACCGGGCAGCGCGGCGGGCGUGGUGACGGUAUCCGCGGCCACCCAGACGGCAGCGCAGCAUCGUAUCAUCAGCGGUGUCAUCAAUGGCUCAGAGCUGGUGAUAGGAGGAGGAGCGGUGGAGAAGCUGAAGGCCGCCGGCGUGCAGGUCCAGGCUGUGCCGGUCCAGCAGAACCAGGCCAACCCCAAAAUGGUCCAGAGCAUCAAAUCGGACCCGGCGGACUCGACCGAGGCGGUGAUAAAGACAGAAGAGCCCGAGUGUUGAAACGUCUCCUCCGCUGCGGUGUGUUCGUUUGUACAUUUCUGAAGUCAUUUCUACUUUUCCUCGAAAUAACCAGCAGCAGUCUGUGAGACUAUAAAGAUGCCCAGAAGUCCCUUUUCCCGUCUCUUUUUUUUUCCUGAACCUGUCUUCUCAUCUUCCCUGUUGCUGCCUAGAACCAAUCCGGUCUAUCUCAGAACCACACAGAAACCUCUCCGACAUAGGAAAACAGAGACUUUAAGGAAAGGGAUGUGUUGGGAAAAGGAAAAGGGACCAACUUUGAUCACUACACUUUGUUUUGGAAAUGUUUCGCUGUCACUGACUUGAAAUCUGGAAGAAAAUGAAACACUACAAAAAAAAAAUUAAGGCAAAAAAAAAAAAAAAAUCAUGUGAACUGUCA